GCAGUGCGCAUAGCAUCACGGCUGGAGAAGGAAUGGAAGCGUGAAAGAAAAGUAGAGGUGGGAAUGUUCGGUCUGUCUUGUGAGGAGGGCGGCCACAUGUAGCGUCAUUUUUGGCUAAUGCUUUUGAAAAUGCAUUUUUUUUUCUCCCCAGUAACGAACGACAAGGAUAUCUAGAAAACGUAUUGAAUAAGAGAUAGAGUUUAUAGGAGACGGCGAGCAGCAGAACCACACUCAUCCUUGAUCCUUCCGUUUUGGUUUAAAUUAUAGGCAAAUUUAAUUGCCUCUUCACGGACAAGAUCCUAAGGCUACAUGACAGAACAAACCAAACGAUACUGUAUCGAUAUGUGUCGGGGGACAAUGAAUAUAACCGAAGAAUUCUGCGUCAAAGUGUUCCGAUAGGGCGCUGGACCGAGUCGCACCAUGAAGACCCAGAAGGCAGGGGCCCCCGGGGGCCCAACGCCAAGCUCUCCUUCCCCACGCCAACGGAUGUCUGGUUUCAGCCUGCGGGGCCGGAAGAAGAAGGAUGGCCUGAUCCAAGGCAAGCUGCGGAUCCGCUCUGUGCCAGGAGCCUUCCUAGUGCUGGGGGUCAUUGUGGUGGUGGUGGGCACGGCUCUGGCAGUGGCUGGGUACUGGCCCUACCGGUCCCACCGAUCAUCACAGCUCCUUGGACUUGGACAACAAGGCUCUGGUUCUGUGGACAGAGCAGCAGGAGGUAGAGGUAAGGGUGUCUCUGAGCCCCAGUCAUCCGGUUGGAACCUGGGGGCUAAGAGACUCCUGACCACGGCCAGUCUGAUCCACAGUGAGCGGAUGAAGCUCCUGGGACCAGUCAUCAUGGGCGUGGGGCUGUUCAUCCUCAUCUGUGCCAACACGGUGCUGUACGAGAACCGCGACAGGGAGACCCAGAUGCUGCUGGCCCAGAUGCAGAGCGUCAUCUGUUCGGUGUCGGCGGCCGUGCCCUCGGCCGACCUCUCAGACAUGUCAGCAGCCAACUCCAUGGCCAAACACUACCAGUGGGUGAGCAGUCUGCCUGCCACCCACCUUAACAUCCUCUGUCUGCAGCAGCUGGCCAGCUCAGAGCCCCUGCUGCAGACGACCAGAGACAGCAGGGAGGAGGAGGAGAGGGCUGACUAUACGUACCAGCAGGCCACCGUACAGACGGAGGCUCUACACCACCAGGAGUCAGCCUCCACCCCUUCCCUCCACUCCUCCCAUUCCAACUCCUGCAACUCCAGCAAGACGGACUUCAACACGCUGUGGGGCGGUGGUGAGCCAGGCGUAGGGGGCUCCAGCCCAGACCCCCAGCCCGCUCACCUCUUUAAGCUCCACAACUGUCUGGUGUCAGCCAGCUCCAUGUCCACUCUGGGAGGGGACGACUGGGAGAGGUCGGAGGUCACAGCCAUGCUUCCCAGGCGCUCCUACAGUCUUAGCUACAGGACUAACCCAGGCCCCCACGGGCCCCAGACUGUAAUACGUCUACAGGAAGGGGCCAUGCGACCCGGGGGACCUGGGGCGGACCCACAGAUAGUGCAGCACAAGCCCCCGCGGAGGGAACGCAGCUUGGACGUGUGUGUGAACAUGGUUGGAUGUGUGGAGACCCCGGAGCUCACCCCCGUAGAGGAACAGAAGCAUCGCAGCUGGCCCCGGUUAGACCUGGGCUGUGCCCGCAGGUACCUGAAGCUGGACAAUAAGGAGGACUCGGUGGACAGACUGCUAGACCAGUUGGAGCAGCAGUGUUCUCAGUGGGAUAAGAGUUUCGGCUCAGGGCCUUUCCAAUGAGACCCAGUAAGGGCCCCAUAUCAGGGUCCUCUGUCUGUUUGUUAAAAGCAGCUUAUGAAGAAAGAUCCUCACGGAUGCUGAUAUAUCGACGACCAGGAGUAGGAGCUUUUUCCGUUGGAUUAUAACUCUGUUUUCACUGACUCCUGAAACCGAGAAACUCUUUUAUUGUACGACACCGAAUUCCUCUCCACGGCGUCGAGCAGCUUCCACAUCUGAAGAUACAAACCUUUUAGAAACCUUGUUACUCGGACUUCCCGUGGCGUGGAUAUAUAAACACAAGUGUCGGAGGACUGCAGACCAAUUGGAUCGGCUUGGCAGACGUUCUGUUUCAAGAGGGGAACAAUACUCCAUACUGUCAAAGACAUUUCCCAGUCUGUUUACUGGGUGGCAGUUAGGCCUUGACACUUGGCAACACUGAAGGAAUCAAUUUGUCUUUCAUUGCCAAGGCGUUGCUUGUUUCCAGGACACAACAAGCACAUCCGAAUGUUGGAGGUGGAAAACGCAUUCUAACGAGGGACUGUCUUCACUGUGUAAUCUAGUUAAAAACCAAACUACUCAAAUCUGUCGGCGAGCCUCAGAUGUGCUUCUGAUAACAGCUAGUAAAAUAAAACACAUGUUCCAUAGACCAAAA